CUUAUGUUCAUAUUGACUAUCUUAGAGGGAUUGACUCUACUGUUUUAUGUAGGAUAUCUGGUUAGAGAAUACUCAUAAUAGCAAGUACCUUUCUAUGUGAAGCUAUUAACAUACAUUUCAUGGAUCCUCUCUUUUGGGAUUGUUUUUAUCAUACCACAUGAUAUCUAUUACACUCUCAAUGAUUAUGGUGAUGGCUAUGAAUACAUUGUAUUAUUAUGGAAAUGGAUUUAUUGGGGUAAUUUCAUUUUAUGUUGGUGAGAUUCAUUUAUUUAUUCGUUUUAGGCUAAUUUUACCAAUUUGCUAAGAAUAUGAAGAUGCCGGUGAAUUCAGCUUUAAAGAUAAAUUAAUACGUUCUUUUAAGAAUAAUCUAAUUAUCUAUGCUUAUUUUAUGAUCUUUGGUCUUGUAUUCAUUGCCUACUUGGCAAUUUUCAACAAACUUGACUUUGAUUCUAUUUUAAAAGUGCUUGUUGCUUUAGCUUAUGCUUUGUAUAUAUUAAUUAUAUUCAAAGUGGUAUAUUGUUAGUUGUUAUUUUAUUGGGACAUGGUUUAGUAGCAAUUCCUAGAGAAUAUUGGAGAAAAGCACAAUAUUAGAAAUGUUUAAAAUCACUUUAUUUAGAGGCUGCAUAAAUUAAUCAUACUAUUUAAGAACUUUAUAUCUAAUUAUUCAAUAUGACUAUUGAAUUAAUAUAAAAUAAAAAUACUUAUCCAAACUAAACAUGCUUAGACUCUAUAUUGAAUGAAGUAAAACUUUUUAAAUAUCUAGAUCCCAUAUGAAAUUAUUGAAGAUGCUUCUCAUAAGACUUUGGAUAUCAUUGAAGUUAGAUAAAUAUCAUCAUUUUGUGAGAUUAAUAAGAGAGCCAAAAAGAAAGCUGCAGAAUAUAAGAGAGCUAAAACUAAAUGGGAUCAUGUUUGCACAGAAUGUUUUCUAUUAGAAGAUAUGAUUGAUAAUGAAUUCAGUGUACAUUACAAAAUUAGAUCAACUCUUCGUUAUCCAAAGACUGGAUAGUUUGGUCAUUAUAUUGACAUAUUACAAUGGUUAUGGUAUACCAAAAUAAAGAAAGCUUAUUUAUUAUCUUUAUGUGUGAUUUUCUCAAUAUUAUCUAGUAUAGUGAUAUUGUCAGAAAUAUCAUGUUUUACUGAAUUUGACUUCAAUAUUUUAAGUAGAAUUAUCAAAGUGAAUGGAUUCAUCCAGACAUAAAUAUCCAUUUUAAUACCAUUGAUGUAUAUAUCUUUUUGCGCCUUUUAUGGAUUAUUUCAUAUUAAUUUUGCUGGAAUGUAUGGGUUUUAUAAUCACUAAUAAACUGAUGCACCUAGUUUAAUGUUCGGUUCAAUGUAAGAAUGAUUAAAAAAUAAAAUUAGUAAUUUUUCAAGAGUAUCUUUUCCAUUGACAUUUAAUUUCCUUCAAAUGAUUCAUAUAUAGGGAACACCAUUUGAAGAUGUUGUAGGAAAUAUGGAUACAAGUUCUGUAUUAGGGAUGUCAUUUUCAUAUUCAUUACCAAUAUUAUUGAUAAUGGCAUCAAUAUUCAACUUCUUUGAAAUUUAUGAUAAAAUUCUUUAAGUAGUUGGAUUACCAUAAUUUAAAUUUUCAUACACUUAAUUUAAUAGUGAAGAGGGAGAACGAUUAAUUUGUAAGGCAAGAGUAAAGAGAGAAAGAGAGAUAUUAAAUAAAGUAGGUAUAAAUUUUUUGGAUUAAUGUGAAAUGCGGGAAUUAGAUAGUAGAAUGAUUUAAUUUGUAUGA